AUGAAUCAAAUAAAUGCGUCGGUGAAAAGUGGACUGUUUAACGCUCAGCUUGCUAAUCAGAUUUUUGUUCUCUGUCAACAGCUAAAAUUUUCUGGACAACUUCUGGAGCAGUCCCAUAAAAAUGAACUGAACCGAGUUUUCGUGUCUCUGCGACAAGCUUGUUGUCGCGACAAUGGUCAACUUGGGACUCCAUGUCGGCUCAAAAUGAUGGAAUUGGUGGAACUGCGUGCAAUGGGUUGGAGACCAAGCCUAGCACAUACGCAGUACUAUCUUAAUCGUCCUGAACAACAACAGCCACAAAUCGAUCCGGCACCGGUGAGUGCUCCACCGUUCGGUACAAUCCCGGUGAAUCCAUUUGGUAAUUUCGCCGGUCCUCCGCCACCACUUUAUGUUGGAGGUGAAGUAAACAAUUCUGUAAUCCCUCCACAGCCUGCACCAACCAGUUUCUACCUGAUACCGGCCGCUGCCGCUAGUGGAUGGGCUCGACCGAUAGUAGCUCCUGGGGUUGUGCCAUCCGGUAAUAUUUUGCCUCAGUUAACAUCAAUCGAUGUGGAAGCAUGGGCGAAAGCCAACAAACAACUGCAACAGACAAAACUGAAAGCAAAAACACCUCAAAGUCGUCUUCCACAGUUACGCGAGGAAAUGGUGAUACGCAACAGUGAUUCUGGCAAAAUAAUGGGUGUGAAAGGUCGGCGUGUAGCGGUAGUAGAAGAGCUGAGCAAAACGGUAAUAUCGUUUCAAAAAGUUGAUUCCAAAUGCAAGGAUCGUACAUUGACAAUAACUGGUAGUAACCAGGAGUCGAUUGAUUAUGCGAAACGUCUCAUCGAGCAAACAAUUCGUCGUAAUGUUUCGCCUAAUCGAGCUGAAACAAAUGGUACAGGAAUCGAUGACAAUGAUGAUGAUGAUGAUGAUGUUGGGAUAUCAAUCGAAACGACGCAAGAUGGCACUUUGAAACUGUCAUGCGCCGAUCCACAAGUGCUUCAAGCAGCACAAGCAGCUCUGAGUGAAUAUUUGACUAGAGUUGGCCGAAAUCAUUCGCGCAUAUCAGCUGAAGAACGUGAACAGCGCAAAGAAAGAAGAAAGUCAAUGCCGCUGCAAUCCUCAUCAAACCGCCAAGUCGUCAACUGUGAUGUCUCACCGACAAGUACUAAUAAUGUACAGUGGCGUUCUUCUGGUAAAACAGGUAGCACCCCGAAUUUGACUCAACUAAAUAGCGCCACAGCCGGUAGUAACGUUGUGACAGAAGUGAAUAUAAGCAAGCAGCAUUACGAUCGAACGCAGUUGUUGGAACUACGUUCAGCCGUCGCGUAUUUGGAUUCGAAAACGAUUACAAUCAUAUAUGAACUCGAAAUUGAACGUAGCCAGCGUGCUAAUGAAUUUUAAAUAUCUACAAUUUCUGCAAUCUAUGAGGAAUUGCCUUAAAAAAAUGCUAAUGACUGGAAAAAAUACCAAAUUGUUUGUGCCUUCUCAUUUUUUCACUUUAUGGUGUAUUCACAUGAUUUUAUAAAUCUUCUAAUUAUAUGAUUUCUCUCACUGUACUUUCAAUUAAAAUGGAAUUUCCUGGAAUAGUUUUAUUUGGUGCCACAGCUUCCCGCUUUUAACAUACUUAUUUAACUUUUCCAGCCUUCAUUUGUUUUUGAAAUCACACACAUUGGACUGGAAUGUAUGGAUCAUAUUAACCAGAAAUGUGGAGUGACAAGGCAUCAUUAAAAAGCAGUCAACAAAGAUAUGUGGAUGUCGUCAGCCAUUUUUCCUUCACCUAAGAAUGGGAAGCGC